CUUGAUCCUCUGAAUAGCCCCUACCAUUUUCAUCUCAAUGAGGAGAACUUAGCCUUUGGGAAGGACUCUUUUGCUGGUACUGCAAUGUUUCGAUCUAGCUCGAGCGCUGUGAGGACUCUUCCUUUGAAGAAGAGGAUCUGUUUCCUGAUAAAACUUAUGUGCUUUGUAAGCUCAGUGUUAGUAUUUUGUGAAUUUUUAAUUUAUUACGUGGUAAUUUUUCAAUGUCACUGGCCAGAAGUGAAAGCUGGAGAUCAUGUGGGUAACAAAGAGACUUCUCCUUCAGUCCUGAAGGCCAUAAUUUUAGCUGAUACUCACCUGCUUGGUGAAAUCAAAGGACAUUGGCUGGAUAAACUACGAAGGGAAUGGCAGAUGGAGAGAUCUUUCCAAACUGCUUUGUGGUUACUGCAGCCAGAUAUUGUUUUUAUUCUGGGAGAUGUCUUUGAUGAAGGAAAAUGGAGCUCACCUCAGGCAUGGGCAGAUGAUGUCAGGAGAUUUCGAAAAAUGUUUAGACAUCCAGUUCCUACUGAGUUAGUGGUUAUCGUUGGAAAUCAUGACAUUGGAUUUCAUUACGAAAUGACCACUUACAAGGUAAAACGAUUUGAAAAGGUUUUCAACUUUACUUCAGGAAAACUAAUAACUCGAAAAGGAAUAAACUUUGUCAUAGUGAACAGCGUAGCCAUGGAGGGUGAUGGCUGUGCUAUUUGCCGUACUUCAGAGGCAGAGCUUGUGGCUCUUUCUCACAAACUAAACUGCUCCCAGCAGAAACUGAAUCAUUCCAAGAAAAGGUGCAGUAAUGUGGAAAAGCUUCCAGCUUCAGAACCUAUCCUUUUACAGCAUUAUCCUCUCUAUCGGAAAAGUGAUGCUGAAUGCAGUGGAGAAGAUGCUGCCCCUCCAGAGGAGAAAAACAUCCUAUUUAAAGAAAAGUAUGAUGUACUAUCUCAAGAGGCAUCACAAAAGCUGAUAUGGUGGUUUCAUCCCCGUUUGAUUCUCAGUGGACAUACACAUAGUGCUUGUGAAGUGCUGCAUGCAGGGAAAAUUCCAGAAAUCAGUGUCCCAUCAUUCAGUUGGAGGAAUAGAAACAAUCCUAAUUUCAUCAUGGGUAGCAUAACACCAACUGACUUCUCCCUCCGAAAAUGCUUCCUUCCGUACGAGAGCAGAGUCUUUACUAUAUACUGUGCAGCAGGCGCUCUGCUUGUAAUCCUGAUACUAGCUCAUUUUCAGCUUCUCACUCCACCGUUUUAUUUUGCUCAGCGUUUAAUCAGUAAGCAUAAAGCAGUAUGAAGAGCCAGACAUCUGCAUUCAGUCACUGAAAUACCAAAGCUGAGAACAGUCAAACAUCAGACUAUAUUCAUGCCAGCAAAU